UAGGCAUACAUCACCACUUUGUUCUUUAUGGUCUGAUGGAGUAUCUGGGCAGAAAGUUUGUCUGACAUUUCCCCAUACUUGCUUCUUUGCCCGAGUUCCUAUUGAUUUGUCUGGACUUUAAAAGAAGUCUUUUUACUAUCAUCACAUAGCUUUGACCGACAGUUCCUGGCGGAUGAGGUUCUGCAGCUACUGGAUCGUUUCUACAACAUAGAGAUGCUGAAAUCAGAUGCUGAGGACAUUGACAUUCUUAACCACUAGGAAGACUUUACCUUGCCUCAGAGUUUCUUUGAUAUGGAAGAACAGUGACAGAAGAAGAAGAAGUGUUCUUUGCUUCCUUUCCAUGCCUCUUUCUGUAUAUAGUUGGUUAGGUUUGUCCCCAACUCUUAAUAUAGAACCAUCAGAGCACUACUGAUCUUUUUAACUCUGUCAAAUAGUUUAAUAGAAACAAGCUUUUUGUUCUCUUUUCAUGAUGUCAUUUAAAUCCGUUGUGUUUGUUUGUUUGGAUGGAUGGAAAAUUUUAAUAAUGCAGCUGAUUGGUCUGUAUAUUGGAAAUGUAAAAUGUAUCUGAACAAAUCAAAUAACAUAAAUAGGAUAUUUGAUAUCAUGAGAUUGACAACAAAAAAAAGAACGAAAAAUGUAAUUUGAAAAAAAAAAACAGUAUAGGAUUGAAUUCAAUUGUCUCUGAUCUCAUUUUCCUUCUGAUGAAACCAAGCUAUGCAACUUAAUAGAAAUGUCUUAUUCAACUUCCAAAGCCUUUGAUCAGUUCUGAAAACAAAUAAACAAAACAACAUGAUCUCUUGACCCAAACAAGAACAGUUCAUACUCAUUAUUACAUGUUGAUUACCUCUGUGACUUCUGCAGACUUAGACUCUUCUUUCUUGGGUUCAUCGGUCUUGAUGUUUUCUCCUGAAAAUAAAUCAAGAUCCAUUAUUAAACCAUCUCCAUAUGAGAUGGUAGGUAAAACGAACACACAGUCCCUACUAAGUAAUACAUUCACACACCUCCACUUCUCUUUCAACUUAUGGUAUUUUCUUCUCAUGAGUGUAUAUGAACAAUACAAUUGAAAAUUAUAUAAGCUAAUUAUUGUCAAUAACCCCGCGCUUGCGCGGGGCCAAGUCCCUAGUUGAUAUAAUUUGGCGAUAAAAUACUACGAAUGUGUGUAACUCGUGACAAAUAUAUUAAUGGGCCAGUACAAUAAUUCAUGUCUAUAAAUACACAACUCAGAACCGUUACAGAUACACUUGAAAAAGAAAAAAAAAUGUUUACCGAAGAAAAAAAAAAUACAAACUAUGGAACAAUAUUUGUCUACUGCUUCUUCUGUCUUGUUUUCAUCGUGGAAGUAGUAAGAUUUGCAAAACCUUACUACAACCUUCAAAACCUAAUGGAGACAGAAGCAGUACUCGAAGAAGGAUUGUUGGACGCGGGGAUACUUCCUUGUAACAUUAGGAGCUCUGUCUCUGUUCCUGCUAGGAAUCACAAAAAGCUCUCGGCAACAAUAAGGGAAGAGACGAGAACUCGUCCUCCAGUUACGUACUGUGUGAAGUUCGAGUCAUUUGACACAAUGUCUAAACUGGUCAAAGACAACGGUGACAAGUACGAGUCACAUCCUUUCUCAGGUGGAUACAAUUGGACGUUCUUAGUCUACCCAAAUGCGGACAAGCCAGUGGGCUCGGGUGGAUACGUUUCGCUAUACGUUAAAAUCGAUAACUCAAGCUUCAUCGAGAAUCAGAACGAAGUGUAUGCAUGGAUCAGAUUCCUCACCUAUAAAAGCACUACGGACACGUACCAUGAGUUCUAUGUGACUGACGCGCAGAGGUUUCACUUGUUUAAACAAGAGUAUGGAAUGCUAAACUUUCUUGAGAUUGGGUAUUACCAAACUCCGGUCCAUGGAUUCAUUUUCAACGGCGGGCAGAGUGUGUUUGGCGUUGACAUCGUGGUUUCUAAUCCCCCUCUAUGGGAGGAUGUCUCUUAUGAAGAAAACAUUCCUGGCCCUGCUAUCGGCUGGAGAAUCUACAACUUCAGUAGCGGCGAGCAUGACUCUUACACUUCUAACCCGUUUUCUUCUGGAGGAAGAAACUGGGUAAUGAAAGUUUAUCCAAAUGGAGUUGGGACUGGAAAGGGUAAUUCGUUGUCAAUUUAUUUGUUGAGUGCGUCAAACAAAAAGGGUUACGUGAAAGCCAAGUUUAGAGUUAUUAACAAGACCCCAUCCAAAAAUGUGGAGAAACAAGUGGAGGGAUGGCCCAAUGCCGAACAAAAUGGAUGGGGUGUCGACAAACUUAUAUCUAUUGCAGAUGUCCAAGACCCGUCCAAAGGUUUCCUCGUCAACGAUGCCAUCAAAGUUGAAGUCGAGAUCAUGGCUUUCACUUGAGCCGACUCCAUCUAUAACUAAGCGCUUAAGAUAAUCUCAAAAUCAUCACUUGUACGUUUGUUGCUUUUCCUUUAAUAACCGGAUGGAUGUAGUUCCACGGGUGGCCAAGUGAAUAUGAAUCACUAUCACUAUGGUUCACUAUUUAUGUUUCUGUGCAAUAAUAAAGAGUCCGAGCUUUUUUCUUUGUAAAACUUGAUCAGUAUCAAAAGAUCACAUUAAACACUUAAACUUGAUAGGGUUCGAUAUAUAAAUGAUCAAAGAAAAGCUCACAAGGAGAGGGAGAAAGCAACAUCAACAUAUGUAGCUCGAAGAGAUGAUAUGAGACGGAACUAGGGUUUUAUGUAUCUUACAUAACAAUUUUUCUCUCUCUCUGUAUCAACUAUUAAGACCAUAACUAAUCCGGGUUUUUAGGGUGGGGUCAUUAGCUUCAGCUAUGAAUUAUUUCUUAGUUUUUAACUAAGAAAAGAAAAGAAUCAACUCUUACGAUAAAAUAUAUAAGAACCGGUUCUUAGCUGAAAAGUAUAAAAAAAAUGUCAAAUCAUGUGUUAAAAAUUUCAAAUUAAGAAUCCGGUUUAAACAUGCUCUAAGAAUAUUAUACAAGAGUUGAUUAUAGAAAUAGUAUUCUUCUUCGUCGUAGCAACAAUAAAUAGUAUUCUUCAAAUUGUAGUUUUGCAAUUGUCGUAUUAUUAUUUAAUCAUUAUCCCUUAAAUUACACGUUUACGUUGCUUUUGUUUUUUUACGUUUACGUCGCUUAUCAGAAUCCCUUAUAUAUUAAAAGAGAAGCAUUGUAAUAAAUGCAUUCACAUUAUAAUAGACACG